CGUAGUCCUUCCAUAACGAGCCUCUUUAAAACUGCUUCUCCAUACAGGUUGUUAAACUUGUCGUUAGGAUCUGGACUUUGGAAGUACGCAGUACCUUUGGCACGAGUUGCGCGUCUGAAUUUCGGCGUUUUCAUCCAGUGUUGUGGACUUACUUUCGCUUUGUUCUAAAGAACAGUGAGGAAAAAUCAUGCUGCUCCUCUUACUUGGAAUCGUCAUUCUGCACAUUGCUGCACUGGUGCUGCUUUUCGUGUCCACUAUAGUCAGUGCAUGGGUUGUGAACCCAACCAGCAGCUCAGACCUCUGGACAAACUGCACCUCAGUCAAUGGAGACUAUAAAUGUGACCAUGCAGACUCUGGAGUUUGGAUUCAGGCAGUCCAAGCCCUCAUGAUCCUGUCAAUCAUUUUCAGCUUCCUGUCUCUCUUGCUGUUCUUCUGCCAGCUUUUCACGCUCCAGAAGGGCGGACGCUUCUUCCUUACUGGAUCAUUCCAGAUCCUUGCUAGUCUGUUUGUUAUGUGCGGAGCUAUUAUUUAUACGGUAAUGAACGGCUUGUGGGUCCAUCCGUCAGAGUCUUUUGGCUUUUGCUACAUCCUGGCCUGGGUAGCCUUCCCUCUGGCACUAAUAAGUGGUUUAAUCUACGUAAUCUUGAGAAAACGAGAGUGAGGUGGCGCCCUUCUGUGGCCGCAAUCAGGAAGUAAAGCUCUGAAGCCAAAGUAUUGCACUGCACCCACAGAGAAGUGAAAUCAUGCAGUAUCUUCAUCUAGGGGGGGUCCGUCAAAAUCAACUCCACUGCCACCCCAAAAAGACAUAUUCAAUACUGUCAUCUUUUGAAGAUGUAUAUAGUAUCUAUGGUUUAAAACCUAUUUAUAACACUUUUUACAUAUAUGUAAAUAGUAUUUUAUGUUUGCUCUGUUGACAAAGAACCUUGCAAAAGCUUUUCUUUAUGCUAAUUAAUUGCCUAGAGUGUGUUUUUGUCCCAGAAAUGUGCAUUAGCCAUAAUGUGUUUGUGUCAUUUUCUUCCCUUAUAUGGCCAACAAUAUAUAUUAAAAAAAAUUUUAAUUUUUUUUUUUUUUUUUUAGGUAUUUUAACCAAAGUGCAUGUAUUAAAUUAUUGGGACAAUGACAAAGUGUUUUCAAUUAUGCUGCAUUGAGAAUCCAAACGAAAAGUAACUGAUAAACCAUGUUUAGAAAAGCUUUUUUUUUUUUUUUUUUUAUAAUUUCAAAGCUUGGUAACAUGUUUCCAUUUGUCUACAUUAGUUAACGUGAACUAACAAUGAACAAUACUUUUACAGCAUUUAUUAAUCUUGGUUAAUAUUUCAACAUAUACAACUUUUGAUUUUGAAAAUAUAUUACUAUAUGUUAACCUUAUUAAAUGCACUAUGAAUUAACAUUAAACAUUUGUAUUUUUAAUAACUAAUAUUAACAAAAAAUACUGUAAAAAAUAUAUCGUUCAUUGUUAGUUCAUGAUACCUAAUGCAUUAAUGAAUGUGAGCUUAUUGUAUAUGUUAACAUUAGUUAAUGCACAAUGAACCAACAUGAACUAAAAAUUAACAAUUGUAUUUUUAUUCACUAACAUUAAAAAAAAAAAAAUAAUAAAUGCUAUAAAAAUAUAUUAUUCAUUGUUAGUUCAUAAUACCUAAUGCAUUGAAUAAUGUUAACGAAUGGAACGUUAUUGCAAAGUGUUACCCAUAGCUUUGUUCUUAUCUUUGUUUUUUUUUUAUUUCAACAAAAAUGGUGCUAUGUAUUUACCAUUCCUUUAACUAAUAGCCAUUUAGCCUUUAUUUAGAAGGACAUAACAUGACUGAAAGCCACAAUUAGAACACAUUUGAAUAUAUAUUAAAUGUAUUGUUUGUGCCUAUUCAAUGCUGUAUGUGAAGUACUACUCACCAAAAAGUUUGAUUUUAUAAUAAAACAAUAUGUUCUGAGUAACACAUGACUUGGCAAUUAGUUUAGUUUUGGGAGAUGUGACAGAAGAACUGUAGUUACAAUGAAGACUAGGAACUAGUUUAGGGUAGGUUCAUUUUAGUGAGAUUUUGAAAGUUUCUUUUAAAAGCAGUAACAGCAGCAGGAUUCGAUGAGAAAGGCAGUAAUUCAUUCAGUCCGUGAGACAAAUGUUGCUUGUUUGAAGUGUUUGGUGAGCUUUAUCACAUGUAAGCCUUGUAAUCUCAUCGCAAUCAGGGUGUUAAAUACAGUAAUUAAACACUGUAUAUUCAAAUUUGUAUACAAAAUAAAAAAUAUGAAAUGAAAUAAAAAUGAAGGAACAUGUAAGUACAUACAACUGACAACUUAUAGCCCUUUUGCAUUUACAGUAUAUAAUCUAUCAAGAAAAAACUAAAGCAUCAAAGUGGCAGUUUUGUUGGGUAAAUUUGUGUUAUGGACUGGCAUGAUGAAGGCAACAUCAUAACACAUUUUGCAUGCAUUGGUAACACUUUUCAAUACUUGAAAUAUAACAUGCUGCAAUAUCUACUAUCUUUUGAUGCUCUCAUUCUACUGAAACACAUAACUCACUCACAGCGUACUCUAUGUGAUUGUUUUGAAAGGAGAAUUAAGCUUAUUACAAUUUCUAAAGUGCAAAGGCCCUAUGCUGAUGACCAUGCAUUAGAAGUUUAUUAUAGGGUCAGAUUGCUUCACCUGAAACAGCAAAAACAAACAAAAAAAAUAAAUAAAUAUGUUUUGUUAUGAUUAACUUUUUUUUUUUUUUUUAAGUUCAAACGGAUACUCUUUUUGGUCAAAUGGAGAUGAAUGUCUAAAUGACUAAAUCCCCUUUAAGCUUGUAUUCUGUGACUGAACAAACAUGUCAACUUUUAUGCACAGCAGAAUAAUUUAUUUUACCUGCAAUGAAGUUGUCAAUGAUAUCUAGACAUGCUUUUUUUUUUUCUGUGUGUGUGAAGUAAUUUGAUCAUUUGUCCCCUUUAAAAUGUUCAAAAAAUUUGGUCUGUACUGACAUGGGACCAGCACUAGACAAAACAUAUGAAUACCUUACACUGAAAUUAUUUCAUGAUAUAAUUUUAUUAAAUCAAAUUAACAAUUGGAUAGUGUUGUAUUGAUUUGAAACAGCUCAACAGUUUUAAACAUUGUAAUUUGUUUUAAUCUGAUGUCUUGGUGCUCCUUCUAAAAACACAUUUGAGGGAGCCUGUACUGUACCUGUAAAUUCUGUGUAUACAGUCUGAAGAAGUGUAACCUCUGAUGAAAACAUUAAUUUAUGUUGUGCCUUUGAUUCGCUUCACUUAUUCACAAUAUUUAAAAAUAAAUAUUGCUUUUCAGAUAA